ACUGGCAGCUAUGGCAUUGUCUUCAAAGCAACUUGGCAAGCAGAAUAUGAAACCCGAGACAUUACUGUAAAAAUAAUUCAAGAUGCACAAAAAACAAAAGGCCAUCCAAAAAGAAAUUCACGAUUUAAAAGCAUUAUACCAUGCGAAUAUUGCCAAACUUUAUGGUUUUUCUAUUGAUCGCGAAGAUAGAAUUUUGAUGCUCGUUGAAUAUGCAGACUGCGGAUCGCUCUGCAAUUUAUUGUACCGUACAGACAACGAAGUUACAUUCUAUACGGGCCUUGAUUGGAUAUUGCAAUGCGCCGAGGGUAUGGAAUAUUUGCAUGGCAAAAAUAUCCUUCAUCAGGAUCUUAAGACAGAGAACUUGCUACUGUUUGAUAAUUUUCGGAUAUUGAAAAUAUGCGACUAUGGUAGAGUAAAGGAAUUCGCUACCAUGAAUAAGGAGUUCAGUGGGAUAGAUAAAAGGGCUCCAGAGGUUCGCACCAAUGGAAAAUAUACAGCAAAAAGCGAUGUGUUUAGCUUUGCCCUUCUUUCAUGGGAAGUAAUGUCUAGAAAAAAAUCGUUGGCAAACAUAAUGAAUGGUGAUCGUCCAAAUCUAAUUGAAAUGAUGAAACAUGAGGAUAUUGAUGUCGUAAAAUCAAUAAUAAAGAAAUGCUGGGAUCAAGAUCCAGAUAAACGACCUUCGAUGAAAGAACUAUGUGUACUCCUUAAAAUUCAUCCGUUUAUUAAUUUUGACGACAUACAAUUUGGAAAAAGGUUUGAGAGGGGUGGCUUUGGCGUAAGCUACAAAGCAAUAUGGAAAACCGAAGGUCAAGAGAAAGAUGUUAAUGCGAAAAUACAUUCAGAUAAAACUUCAAACUCUGAGAAAAUUUCAAGAAGAACAGAAAUGCUAUUUCUGAAGAAGGCUCACAAUUUAAAGCAAAUGAAGCACGAAAAUGUUGGCACAUUUUACGGCGCCUCCAAAGAUCCAAAAAACACCAUUUACUUUUUACUUUAUGAGUACUCCGAGUGUGGAUCAGUCUAUAAUUUCCUACAUCGCACGAAAAACGAACUAGCCUAUGUCGAAAAGAUCAAUUGGAUGUUGCAAUGUGCUAAGGGUGUGGAAUAUUUGUGGAGCCAAGGAAUUACUCUUCGGUUUAUUAAACCACAGACCUUAAUGCUUUUCGAUGUUUUUCGUACAUUAAAAGUAUUCGAGUAUAACUCAUCGAAAGAAUUAUCAAAGUUUAAUAAACAAGAAAUGGUACAGUUUGCUUAUAUAGCACCAGAAAUUCAUGCUGCACGUAAAAAUUCCGACUUUAAGAAAAGUUUAGUAUUUAGCUUUGGCAUUAUUUUUUGGGAAGUAAUGUCUGGGAAAGAACCAUUUCACGAUUAUGAAAUAGCGGACGUGCCUAAAAUUAUUAUUUCUGGAUCUCGUCCGAAUAUUGAUGAUAUAAAAUCAUGCAACGAUGCUUAUCUUAUCAAACCAAUAAUUGAAAAGUGCUGGGAUCAAAAUGCAGAAAAUCGACCAACGAUCACGGAACUUUCCUCAUUGCUUUCAUAUCUAACUGCCGGAAAACUUUAAGAUAACAAAAUAAAAGCUGUAACGUAGAAAUUGUAGUAUAUGGGCAUUUCUCCGGGUCGCGAACGUACGUAGAUCGUCUCGGCUGUUGACGCUGAUCAAGAAUAUAUAUACUUUAUGGGGUCGGAGAUGCCUCCUUCUACCUGUUACAUACAUUUCCUGCCGGCACAAAGUUAUAAUACCCUUCUACCCUAUGGGUAGCGGGUAUAAUAAUUAAAUUAAGUAUGAGAAGAUUAGAUUUCGGAAUAUUUAAUAAAAGUUAUAUUUUUAGCGCUUUUAUAAAGUGGAUAAUUCGUAAAGGCAAAGAAAAUAUAAAGCUUAAAAUGUUAAGCUCAUGAAUUCAUUUGUUAAUGAUCAACAAAAAAAAGUCAAAAUAUUAAUGAUUAAAAAAAAGUAAUAAUAAAAAUUGAUG